AGAAAGCAGGGGUCAGUUCACUCUCACGUUGUACACUCUCUCUCUCUCUCCCCGUCUCUCCCUCUCCCCACAUCGCUCCUCUCCCUAUCUCACUCUCAAUCUUCUCUCACUCUCUUCUUCAUCCAACUCUCUUCCUUACCCAGAAAUCAUAGUCUUCCUCUCUCUUUCAUUCUGAAAUCUCAAAUAGGGAAACCCCCAAUCUCAGAUUCCCCAAAAUCAAGUCGAAACCUCAAUCUGAAACUCAAAUUUCAUUGACCUAACUCUCUUCUUCGACAAACCCCAACCAAAGCUCUUUCUUUUCGACAAACCCCGACCAAAACCAUCUCUCCCUCUAGCUAGGUUAUUCGAUCUGGGAAAUAGCGAAGGGAAGAAAACCUAAUGGGUAGCCUCUAGGGUUCUUCAGAUCUUUCAGCGAUGGUGAUUGUUGCUUUCGUCGAUGGUUACAACUUUGAAAGCAAGUUGUUUGACAUCGCCGGAUUUGGGUCAAUACAACUUUGAAAGCAACUUUGAAAGCAAGGAUUUGGGUCUCUCUGCUUUCUCUUCCACGUCGCCGGCUUCAUUUCCGAGAUGCAAGAGAUCGGUCUCCAAGAAAAUCUGCUCCGUCAUAUCGCCACAGCAAUCGGAGCGGAAGCCAGCCACUACUGGCUCGGUCAAGACGGGGAUGACAAUGACGGAGAAGAUAUUGGCUAGGGCUUCUGAGAAACCCCAAUUGAGCCCAGGUGACAAUGUUUGGGUUAACAUUGAUGUUUUGAUGACCCAUGACGUGUGUGGCCCUGGUUCAUUUGGAAUCUUCAAGAAAGAGUUUGGACAGAAUGCAAAGGUUUGGGACAGAGAAAAGAUUGUAAUCAUACCUGACCAUUAUAUAUUUACUACUGAUGAGCGUGCAAACCAUAAUGUGGAUAUCUUGAGGGAUUUUUGCACGGAGCAGAACAUCAAGUACUUCUAUGAUAUCAAGGAUCUUGGUAACUUUAAGGCUAACCCAGAUUACAAGGGUGUAUGCCAUGUUGCUCUUGCUCAAGAAGGUCAUUGCAGGCCUGGAGAGGGUGCUAAAAUGAAGGUCAGAAAUCAACAAGGAGUCCGGUGA